CUCUUCCGGCGCGACGAGGAGGAGUUCAUCGGCUGGCACGGGACCAACAGUGACACCGCCGCGUUCUGGGCGCAGCAGGGCCAGCUCGAGAAGCCGACGAAGGCGACCGGCUUCUUCGACUUCUUCGACUUCGACUCCAACCAGGCCGCGGGCAGCAGCGGCGCCGACGCGGAGAACGGGCCCGGGGUGUACGUCACCGACGACAAGGACAUCGCGAUCGCGUUCGCAAACAACAACGCGAAGGUGAACCCGGGCACGACGGCCAUGCUCUGCGCGAUCUUCGCGAAGAGCUCCGACAACUGGCGCACCGCGAUCCGCAAGGCGUUCCUGCCCGAGAACCUCGUCGGCGACUCCUCGACCCCGUCCGUGAAGGCCGCGAAGGAGACCUCGCGCACGCUCUACCUCCAGGCGGUCGUGCCCGGGGUGAGCGCCGAGAACGUCGUCCGCUUCUCGCUCCUCGACCGCAACGCGGGCACCGGCCAGCUCGUGCUCUCCUCGGGCAUCACGAACCUGUUCACGGCGCAGUGCGUGGCGGCGACGGACACGGCCCCUGAGGGCACGAGCACGUUCCCUGAUUUCAGCUACAACGGCGACGAGCUCCGGAGCACCUGGGACAUCGCCGCCGAGCAGACGUGCUCGGCUUGA